CCAAUGGCUGAACAAGGCCACUAAAGGUUGCUCACUAAAGGCUGCUCACUUACAAGGAGCCCCCAAGGCUGAGCUUGGAAGCAUAAGGCACAUCAGCAGACAUCUAACAAUCUCAAAGACUAUGACUGAAAGAGACAGGAAGAGGCGGUCUACCAGGUCUACCCGUGCCUCCAAGAUGAUCACGCCACCUGCAAUAUCAAAGAUGCAAACAAUAAUGCGGAAGGAGAUGGUGAGAGAGUUCUUGGCCGAGUUCAUGAGCACGUUUGUCAUGAUGGUGUUUGGUCUAGGCUCCGUGGCCCACAUGGUUCUGGGAGAUAAAAUGGGGAGCUACCUUGGAGUCAACUUGGGUUUUGGCUUCGGAGUCACCAUGGGAGUGCACGUGGCAGGGAACAUCUCGGGGGCCCACAUGAAUGCAGCUGUUACCUUUACCAACUGUGCACUAGGCCGAAUGUCCUGGAAGAAGUUUCCUGUGUACGUGCUGGGACAGUUCCUGGGCUCCUUCCUGGCUGCUGCCACUGUCUACUGCCUUUUCUAUGGUGCCAUUAUGGAAUUCUCGGAGGGGAAGCUGACAGUGACUGGUCCCACAGCCACAGCUAACAUUUUUGCCACCUAUCUUCCUCAACACAUGACAUUGUGGAGGGGCUUCCUGGAUGAGGUGAUAUUGACAGGGAUGCUUCAGCUGUGUCUCUUGGCCAUCACGGACAAGGAGAACAACCCAGCCCUGCAGGGGACACAGGCCGUGGUGAUCGGCAUCCUUGUAGUCAUCAUUGGCGCAUCCAUGGGCAUGAACUCGGGCUAUGCCAUCAACCCAUCCCGGGACCUGCCUCCCCGCUUCUUCACCUUCAUUGCUGGCUGGGGCACACAGGUCUUCAGAAUCUGUUUUUCUCUCCCAUGGGAGCAAAAACCACCCCCACCCUUGAAAAUGCCUGAUGUAGACUGAAAGGAGGUAAGAGAUUGGGCUCCUCUCCCCUCUUCUGGGGCCAGAGCUCUUUCACAGUGAGGGAUUCCAGAGUCAGAAAGGAAAGGAAAAUCCCAGUGGUGCGGGGACAGGAAGUGGUUUCAUGGGGCUCAGAGGGACAGGUGCAGAGGGUGAGUAGGGAUAGGGCUGGGAAGGAAUCACCCUGCUUUCUGGGACAUGGAAGGCAGCAUGUCACCCAUGGCUCCUGCCUCUGCUUGUGCAAUCACUGUGCCUUUCAACAAUCACUGAGCACCUCCUGUGUGCAGGCCCUGCCUGGGCACUAGAGACGCCCCAGAGGAUAAGGCUGGAUCUCUGCCUUCAAGGAGUGUAGCUCCUAGAGGGGACAGGUAAUCACAGGAAAGGGGUGAAGCGGUAAAGAGGGGCUGCAUGUGGGGCUCAGAGGGGGUUCAGAGCCCAGCCUCAGGGGGAGGCCAUGGAUGGCUUCCCAGAGGAGACAGAGCAGAAGCGGGGGGGCACGUCCCUUCCAGGGCUAGUUGUCACAUUUUGUGGUUUGAGGGGACAGGGCAGAGGAGGUAGGGCUUUCUUCUAGAGGUGGGGCCAUGAAGAGAUGACACUGAGAAAGCCCCCCUGAGCUGCAGUGUGCAGGGGCUAGAAAAGGGGGUAUGGGGCCUGCAAAGGAGAUGGUGCCAAGAGCAUGGCAGGGUGGCUAAUGGUCAGUGCUAGGGACAGAAGGAGAGGUAGGACUGGCCUAAUACCAAGCAGGUAAUACUUGCAGGACCUGGGCUCCAGGUGGAUGAAAUGGUGGGUGAGGAUACGGCUGGGGUCAGGGCUGACUUCUGGUUUCUGGCUUGGGCCCCAGGUGCUGGAGAUGUCUCUACUGAGUGUGGAGCAUGGGAGAGGAAUUGGUUUGAGGGGGAAGAGGAUGAGUUACAUCCUGGACACAUUGAGUCUGAGUUGCCUAUGGAACUUGAGCGAGAGGUGUGGUGUGUAGUCUUGGGCAAGUCAGCCAUUCUGGGCCUCAGUUUUCUCAUUUGUAAAAUGGGUCUAAUAAUAUUACCUACCACUUGUGUUAAUGUGAGUAUUCAAUGAAAUAAAACAUGUGUGAUACUGAGAA